UAAUAAUAAUUGCUUAACUUUAUUAUACAUAGUAAACAACAAAAUCAGUCGUCUUUCUUAUAUGUUUGCUUCGGGUGUUUCUGUGACAUAGGAACUCAUCGGCAACCAGACAAUAUCAUAAGCCAUGAGUGACAACGCUCCCCUUCUAGGCCCGCAUCAUCAAAAUCACAACCACCUACAAAAUGAGAGCUCGCAACCCGACGGAUCACCGCUGGAAAGCUGGAAAGCAGCCUACCGGCAGACCCGGGCGGCGAUAUCGCGCCUCGUGAACUCGCGCGCGAAGCACCGGCUCGUCCUGACCCUCAUCAUCCUCGACGUCGCCGGCAUCCUGAGCGACAUCUUCAUCGCGCUGAUCACGUGCGAGCUCGGCAUCCAGCACGACGCCUGGGUGGCGCCGACGAGGCACGCGCUGGACAUCUUCCAGCUGGUUCUGAGCUGCGUGUUCCUGCUGGAGCUGCUGCUGUCUUUUGUUGCGGACGGUUGGCGGUACUUCUCGAGCAAGCUGCACUGCUUCGACGCCUUCGUCAUCGUCGUCGGGUUCGCGAUCGACCUGCUCGAGCACAACACGGCAGAGGAGAUCGCGUCGCUGAUCGUCGUGCUCAGGCUGUGGCGCUUCGUCAAGAUCGUCGACGAGUUCUCCGUCGAGGCCGAGGAGGAGGCCGAGGAGCAGUCGGAGGAGCUGCGCGAGCGCAUCGCGGAUCUGGAGGCGCGCAAUGCCGCGCUGGAGGCGAGGCUCUCGCAAGUCGAGAAUGUUUAGCUCCUUUUUUUUUUUUUUUCCUUUUCCCCCUAUGCCUCCGACUGUUUUUCACAUCCUUCACCGGCCUCGCACAUAUCUACUAUGUAAGGUACAUCGAGCCUAGCCCAAUCUUCGUAGUUAAAACACCGAUGGAGGUGGAGAUGGGGAAAAGUAAGGUUAUGGAUUGGCCCGAGAAAGUUUAUUAUGCUACUCUAUAAGGGAAUGAGGUAGUGUUGGUGUGGGAGUACGGCCGAAGUUGAGUCUCAUUACUUGUUCGCCGUCCCAUGUUUUCCACACUAUCUAUAGCUAGUCCAAUGCAAACUGUGUCGUUUGUCAGGUUGUUUCCAUUGUUUAAGAUACCCCCUUUUUGCUUUCCAGUAUCAUGUCUGUUAUAACAUAGAUACAUCAUUCGAUCUAUAUGGCCGUCUAUCUAGUUGCCAUAUAUAUUCAUCAUUAAAUUCGAGAUCAUGUUGACGUUAUAGUAGUAACAUAGAUAACACACUAUUAACUCGAGCCUCUUAGGUUCAACGUUCUCGAUUCUCUCCUCAAAACAACUCAAUACCU